UUGCCCACCCUUCACAAAUCGCCAAUACAAUCCAUUUAUCUAAUCUCACCAGCACUCUCCACCGAGACUAAACCAAAACCCACCGUGAAAGUUGCCUUCUUUGCAAUGGAAGCAGCCACUGCAACCGCUUCAUCUCUGCAGCUUUCCUCAGCCGCUACUUGUGGAAGUUUACGAACCAGUGAUUUCUUGUUUUUGGGUGUCUCGAAACCUCCUUCAUUUCUCAAUCCAAAACUAAAAGCUUCUGUUACCAUCAGAUGUCAAUCUACGAGUACAAACGAACCAAAAGCUAAAAGGAGUCUUUUGGAUAAUGCAAGCAACCUUCUUACCAAUUUCUUAAGUGGAGGAAGUCUAGGUUCUAUGCCUGUAGCUGAAGGUGCUGUUUCUGAUUUGUUUGGUCGGCCUCUUUUCUUCUCUUUGUACGAUUGGUUUAUAGAGCAUGGCUCAGUGUAUAAACUUGCUUUCGGACCAAAAGCUUUUGUCGUUGUAUCAGACCCUAUUGUUGCUAGGCAUAUUCUUCGAGAAAAUGCAUUUUCCUUUGACAAGGGAGUUCUUGCUGAUAUACUAGAACCGAUUAUGGGGAAAGGACUUAUACCUGCUGAUCUUGACACAUGGAAACAAAGGAGAAGAGUUAUUGCUCCUGGGUUCCAUGCACUGUACUUGGAAGCUAUGGUCAAAGUUUUCAGUGAUUGUUCAGAACGAACAACAGCAAAAUUUGAAAAGUUUUUAGACGGAGAACAUUCACGCGGAGGAGAUGCAAUUGAGCUAGACCUUGAAGCAGAGUUUUCAAGCUUGGCUCUGGAUAUUAUUGGACUGGGUGUCUUCAACUAUGACUUUGGUUCGGUUACAAAAGAGUCUCCUGUUAUUAAGGCAGUGUAUGGUACACUUUUUGAAGCUGAGCAUAGAUCCACUUUCUACAUCCCAUACUGGAAAAUUCCUCUGGCAAGGUGGGUGGUACCCAGACAACGGAAAUUUCACUGUGACCUUAAGAUCAUAAAUGACUGUCUAGAUGGACUCAUCAAAAAUGCAAAAGAUAGCAGACAGGAAGCGGAUGUUGAAAAACUGCAGCAAAGGGAUUACUCGAAUAUUAAGGAUGCUAGUCUUUUGCGGUUUUUGGUGGACAUGAGGGGAGCAGAUGUUGAUGAUCUCCAGCUGAGAGAUGAUCUAAUGACUAUGCUUAUUGCUGGCCACGAAACAACAGCAGCUGUUCUUACGUGGGCUGUUUUCCUUCUUGCACAAAACCCGUCUAAAAUAAAAAAAGCCCAAGCAGAGGUCGAUUCGGUUCUGGGCCAGGGGAGACCAACUCUUGAAUCAAUUAAAAAGUUAGAGUACAUAAGACUUAUUGCCGUAGAGGCUCUUCGUUUAUAUCCUCAACCUCCACUGCUUAUCAGACGGGCUCUUGAAGAAGCUGUGUUGCCAGGAGGUUACAAAGGUGACAAAGAUGGCUACACCAUUCCUGCUGGGACCGACAUCUUCAUAUCUGUAUAUAAUCUCCAUAGAUCUCCAUACUUUUGGGACAAGCCCCAUGAAUUUGUUCCGGAGAGGUUUCUAGAACAAAAGGAGAGUGGAGGCAUCGAAGGAUGGGCUGGUUUUGAUCCAUCUCGAAGCCCCGGAGCAUUAUACCCUAAUGAGAUUAUAUCAGAUUUUGCUUUCUUACCCUUCGGUGGGGGACCGAGGAAGUGCGUCGGAGAUCAAUUUGCACUCAUGGAAUCAACCGUGGCAUUGGCUGUGUUGCUGCAAAAGUUUGAUGUGGAACUGAAAGGAUCCCCUGAAUCUGUGGAGUUGGUUACAGGAGCAACAAUGCACACCAAGAAUGGAUUAUGGUGCAAGCUAAAGAAGAGGUCUAAUGGCAAUUGACUUUCACCAAGAAUUUGAGCUUCUGUACCAUUGUACCUAACUAGUGGAAAGAGUAUAAACAUUAUUUCGAACUUUCUGAAAAAGGAAAGGUAAAUCAUGGGUUUGCUCU